GAGACUCUUGAGGGCUCUUGGAGUAGCUGCCUGAUCUCUCUCGAAGCCGGCCUCCUUGCCCAGCCAGCGCUCCCUUCCGUUGCCCCCCACGAUGGCCAGGAACCACCAGGUGCAGAAAGCCAAGCUGGCUGAACAGGCCGAGCGUUAUGAGGACAUGGCUGACUUCAUGAAGGCUGUGGUGGAGGACGGAGCCGAACUCUCCAAUGAGGAACGCAACCUCCUCUCUGUCGCCUACAAGAAUGUGGUCGGCUGCCAGAGGUCUGCCUGGAGGGUCAUCUCCAGCAUUGAGCAGAAGACUGAGGAAGGCGACGACAAAUCUCAGCUGGUCAACGAGUACCGGGAGAAGAUCGAGAAGGAGCUGAAGAGCGUCUGCAACGUUGUCCUGGGGCUGCUGGACAAGUUUCUCAUCAAGAAAGCCAGCGACCCAGAGAGCAAAGUCUUCUACCUGAAGAUGAAAGGCGACUAUUUCCGCUACCUGGCUGAAGUGGCCAAUGGAGAUGACCGCAAGCAGAUAAUCGACAACGCACGGAAAGCUUACCAAGAGGCUAUGGACAUCAGCAAGAAGGAGAUGCAACCCACAAACCCCAUCCGGCUGGGCCUCGCCCUCAACUUCUCAGUCUUCCACUACGAGAUCGCCAAUGCCCCAGAAGAGGCCAUCAAGCUGGCCAAGACCACCUUCGAUGAGGCCAUGGGUGACCUCCACACACUCAGCGAAGACUCCUAUAAAGACAGCACCCUCAUCAUGCAGCUUCUCAGGGACAACCUGACAUUAUGGACCGCAGAGUGCUCAGGUGAAGAAGGGGGAGAGGCUGGCGAAGAGCCAAAGAACUGAACUUUGCAGACUACAGAACGACGGUAACUCCCUGUCUCACCCCCUCCUCUUCUUCCCCCUGCCCAGUACUUUCCCAACUCAACCUAUUUUUAUAAGAUGCAUCUCCAGUUCCUGGGAGUUACAGCUGGAUUUUGAUAGCAAAAGGGGACUGAUUCAUACGCAAAUAGAACUGAAGCAUUUAUGUAAUUCUUCUGUGACAGCUCUGGGGGGAGCACCCCUAUUCCUUGGCCUCUGUACUUCCUGAUAUGUGAUCCUCUUCCCCCCACUGCAACCCAAAUCUCUUUGCUUUAUAUAAGCUCUUGUGUCUGGUCAGCACCCAGUUAAUACAAGUGUCUUUCUGACCUGUCAUGGAGGACUGAGAUUAUAUAUCUGUAUGUAUAUAUGUGUGUAUACAUAUAUGUAGUGUUUAAUUGUGAAAAGAAAAGGGGCGAGGAACCCAAGCAGGAACCUUCAAUGUUUGUUCUGAAUGGCAAAGAUACCAAAGUAGUAGCUGAACAGAAUUAAGCAAGAGUUGUCACCUUUGCUUUGCACAGCCCUUUUUAUUCUGCAGGCUUUUCUCGCUCAGGGGCAUCCUGUUGUGAUAAGAAGGUGGAGGGCCUUUUUCAGGGGUGAGGUGGGUGGGGAGAGAUUCUUCUGAGUGGAUUAAGAAUAGCAAUCUCAAGAGGGCCUCCUGUUAUCUUGGUGUUGCUGAGGUGGUUUGCUAUGGUCUUCUUCCCCAAUAAAAGUUCGCUUUUAUGCCUGC